AUGUUAGAAAAAAUAAUAUUGCUUUAGGGCGGAACAGGUUCAAGAUUGGAGGAAAAAGAAAGUUCCGACAAGUGACUUAGCUUGCACAAUUCUUCAGUAAGCCCAUACCAUUUAUCAGACCGUUUGAAGCAAUAAUAGGUGCCAAAUGACGACUGCCGUUCCCCUAAUUUAUUCAUUCCCUGAAUUCAGCGGAGUGGCUGAGGCCGUCGCAGACCACAUAGUGGCGGCCCAAAACCAUGCUCUUUACGGCGAUUACAACAGGAAAAAGAGCUUGUCAGAUACGAAUAUUGCGUCGCAAUUCAGCGGUGCGGCAGAAAGCAUGCGUUUGACCAAAAGUGUGUCGGAACACCACUCAGCCAGCGGAAACGGAACUAAUACUUCAAGUUCGUCUAGAGAGCAACGGAAAAAGAAGAAGGAGGAGAACAGAAGGUUCCGCAUAGGUCUUAGUGGAGGAUCAUUAAUUAAUGUGUUGCGCGAAGGACUGCUCAAGCGACAGGACGUUGAAUGGUCCAAAUGGGACGUUUAUUUUGCCGACGAAAGACUGGUUCCUUUUGACUCGCCUGAGUCCAACUACGGAAAAGCCAAAUCACAGAUAUUUGACAACAUACCACCAGAGAAAGGAUAUCCCAACAUUUUCCCUAUUGAAGAAAAUCUUUUGAACGACCCACAGGAAUGCGCAGACACUUACGAGAAAACUCUUAUCAAAGGCUUUGCUUCUAAAGACUCUGUGAAAUUGCCUAUGUUUGAUCUGAUUUUGCUUGGAUGUGCUCCCGAUGGGCAUGUUGCAUCUUUAUUUCCUAAUCACGAGACUCUUAGAGAGUCGUAUGCUUGGUGUGCGCCAGUUCUAAAUGCUCCUUCAGGGCCUCCAACGAGAAUCACCUUGACCGUCCCCGUGAUUUGCCAUUCGCACAGGGUGAUGUUCGUGGUGGAAGGUGCCACCAAAGCGCCAGUCAUAAGCACGAUCAUGGAGAGACCUGACAAGGGGCUUCCCGCUAGUAUUAUCAACGAAAAGGCUGCUGGACGGAUUGCAUGGUUCGUUGACGAUGAUGCUGUGAAAGACGUCGUGGGUAUCACUAAGAAGAGAUACAAGUUUUUGGUCCAUUCUGAAUAGAUGGGUAGAGUGCAGUUUCCAUGGUUCAGAUUGUAGUGGCUAAGUUAUCCAGUGUUAUAAUUUUUAUAUGUGGCUGAGCUGAGAACACAAGAAACAC